AUGUCGGCGUCAAUACUGGCUGCUAGCUUUGCCAGUCUUUCGCUCAAGAUAUCAGACCCAAAACUCAUGAAGCAGGCCAGAGUUCAAUACGCCAGCGCAUUGUGCCAAACGAACCAAGCCCUAAGCUCAGCGAAACUUGCCGUCGAGAACAGCACCCUAGCUGCCGUACUUCUCCUGGGACUUUUCGAGGCCAUUGUCUUUUCCGGUCAGCAGUCUCUAGACAGCUGGAACCAGCACACUCUCGGCUCCGUUGAGCUGCUGCGCCUGCGUGGAAGUCGGCAAUUUGGGACUCCUCUUGGCCGCAAGCUGUUCGUUCACUCUGCAAGCAAUAUCCGCACAAGCUGCGCGCAUAGCAAAACGCCUGUCCCGGCCCGCUUCAUAGAGCUCUUCGAUGAUGCACAGCCGUACCUUGAUCUGAACGAUCCCUUCCUCAAGAUCACCCCUAUCCUCGACCGGGUUGCCACUUUACGGUCAAGGAUAGCCAAACUCCACGACUUAGAGAGACAUGAGGCUAUAGUUGAAGCUCUGGACUUGGACGCGGCCACAGCGAACCUUGGGCGUGAAGUCGCAGCAGAAUGGAGAUUCACGGCACGAAGCCCAGAUGAGAGGGCGGCAAUGACAUACAAGGGCAUGUCUUUCUGCUACCCUUCCCUUCGAGCGUUGCGGUACUGGAACUCUUUGAGGGUCAUACGCAUGUUUCUCAACGACCUUAUCUGGAUGCAAACAUCCAUGAUACUUGCCCAAGGAUCGGGAUCAGCCAAUACGAACUACCUCGCAAUGCGGGAAUCUGCGACGCGGAAAAUAUCGAGUCUCGUUGUCGAGGUACUUGCCAGUUGUGGCGACUAUCUAGAAACCACCGAAGAUCGAUUCUCCGUUACAGCACGAUGCUUAAUCUGGCCAUUAUCAGUCAUUGCUGAGAUUUCCACAACGCCCCCCGACGCACGUCGCUUCGCUCUUGAUUGCUUGGACCGGCUACGCCGUGGUGUCCAUGUCCCACGCUCGAUUGCAGUAGCAAACUCAACGAUGGACCUUCAAGUAGACUGGUAA